AUGAAGAAGGAAGGAAUAGACAACCCGGAGGUGCGAUUGGUCCCGAUGAAAUUUGGAGCAUGUAUAGCCCCUAUCGGAUGCUUUAUUUAUGGAUGGACUGCUCACUAUCAAAUCCAUUGGAUUGUUCCCAUUAUCGGAACGUUUGUCAUUGGACUCGGGGCACUGUUCAUCAUGAUUGCGAUGCAGGUCUAUCUGGUUGACGCUCAUGGGCCAGAAGCUGCUGCCUCGGCCCUAGCCGCGAAUCUGGUCCUUCGAAGUCUGUUUGGAGCGUUUCUACCCCUUGCCGCCCCGUCGAUGUACGCAGAUUUGGGUUUGGGCUGGGGAAACAGUCUGUUAGGUUUCGUUUGCCUUGCCUUCGUCCCGGUUCCAUGGUUAUUUUGUCGAUAUGGCGAAUAUCUACGAACUCGAUAUAGCAUCGACUUGUAA